CACAAGCAAGAAUUGGCUCGAUCCUCAUCCCUGCUGUAAGUGUGUUUCAGAGUGCUGCUGUGCUACUGGCGACGGCAUUGAGCCGCUUGCCUGCUCGUCGUCUCGUCCAAGGAAGGAAGAGACCGAUGGCUUCUCUGCCAGUCGCCGGCUGUGCUGCAGGUGGCUAUUCAGAACAGCUUUUGGAAGAAGCAGAUGGCUCAACACGGACACUUAUUUUGAAUAGGCCAAAGCAGCUUAAUGUACUCUCCUCUGCAGUGAUUAAGGGACUCCUGAGGUGUUUCAUUGUUUAUGAGAAAGAUGACAGAGUUAAAUUAUUGAUUAUGAAGGGGAACGGAAGAGCAUUUUGUGCUGGAGGUGAUAUUACUGAAUGUGUCCGGUAUAUACAUAACGAAAGCUGGAAAUGGGGUGCUGAUUUCUUCAGAGAUCUAUAUUUGUUAAACUACAUUAGUGCAACAUAUAUCAAACCUCAGGUUUCUCUUCUUACUGGAAUUGUAAUGGGUGGAGGUGCUGGGGUUUCUUUACAUGGAAGAUUUCGAGUUGCCACUGAUAACACGGUUUUUGCAAUGCCAGAAACAGCUCUUGGUUUCCUUCCAGGUGUAGGGGCCACAUAUUUUCUGUCUCGGCUUCCUGGGUUCUAUGGAGAGUAUGUUGCUCUUACUGGUGCCAGAUUGGAUGGUGCUGAAAUGCUGGCAUGUGGUCUGGCUACUCAUUUUGUCAUGUCAAAUAUACUACUAUUGCUUGAAGAAUCCCUUAAAAAUGUGGACACCUCCAAUACUUUUGCUGUGCGUAGUACUAUCGAUCAGUUUGCUCAACAGCCAUCACUGAAGGAAAACAGUUCCUUGAAUAGGAUGGAAAUCAUCAACAACUGCUUUUCUAAAAGGACAGUUGAAGAAAUUAUAAGCGCGCUAGAGCAAGUGGACUCAAAUUUGUCUGAUGAAUGGGUUGCUAGGACAAUCCAGUGUUUGAAAAAGGCUUCUCCUAUUAGUCUGAAAGUCACUCUGAGAUCGAUAAGAGAAGGGAGAACACAAACUGUUGGUGAGUGCUUGCAUCGGGAAUAUAGGGUGAUUUGCCAUCUCAUACGUGGUGACUUCAGCCGAGACUUCUUUGAGGGAUGCAGAGCUAUACUUGUAGAUAAAGAUCGAAACCCAAUGUGGAUGCCUCCAAGUUUGGAACAAGUACAUGAGGAGGUAGUUGAAGAAUAUUUCUCAAGAAUUGAUGAUCCAAAGUGGGAAGAUUUGAACCUACCAUACAGACGUUCCCAUGGAAGAAUUAUGGAGUCCAAGAUUUGAUGGAAGUCUUUGGGAAGAGUUUAACGGAGCCUCGGUUGUGGUCAGAAUAACGAAUCAUCUCAUCUUUGAAGAGCCUAUGUAGACUGAAGACUACUGCUACAAUAAAACUGAUUGUGCCAUAUUGGUCCACUUAUAUCACAAAUGAUACUCUUUGUUAUUCAAUUUGUAUUGCUAGACUAUCAGUCAGCUCAUCUUGU